GCGCUUGCACCUUCAGCACUUGCAAUCACCAACAAAUCGAUCUAAAGAAACAUCGAAAUCAGAGACUUUACCUUCCCCCACCCACCAACUCUCACCUUCCUCCAUCUACAAAUCUCGCGUUAUGAACACACUCUCCGUGAUCAAGAAAAAAAAUUAAGGAGAAGAAGGGGGGAGGAAGAUUUGUUGAUGAAGCAAAGCAUGAUGAUCUUGUGCUUGUUCUUGUCAUUAAUGGUGCAGCAGUACCACCACCGGGGAGCCGCGGCCCAGAGGCAGAGCUGCGUGGCAGAGAGCUUCUCCAGCAACGGGCUCUACAGCUCCUGCAACUCCCUCCCCUACCUCGGCGCCUCCCUCCACUGGACCUACCAUCCGUCCAACGCCACCGCCGACAUCGCCUUCCGCGCCCCGCAGACGGCCGACGGUUGGGUCGCCUGGGCCAUCAACCCCAACGCAUCCGGCAUGCUCGGCGCCCAGUCCUUCCUCGCCUUUCCGGCCUCCAACGGAGCCAUCACCCUCUUCACCACCGCCUUCUCCACCUACGCCCUCCAGCCUUCCGACGUCAAGGACGAGAACCUGACCUUCGCCGUCUACGACAAGCGCGCCGAGUACGGCGGCGGCUACUACACCAUCUACGCUACGCUGGCGCUGCCCGCCAACUCCACCAGGGUGAACACGGUGUGGCAGGCCUCGAAGCAGAUGCAGGAUGGGGUCCCCUACGGCCACCCCUCCGGCGACAACGAGCUCUCCAAGACUAGCCUCGAUCUCCUUUCCGGCGAGGUCGUGUCCGCCGGUGGCAAUUCCAGGCUCCGCCGUAAGAACAUUCAUGGUGUCUUGAAUGCUAUAAGUUGGGGGAUUUUGAUGCCGAUCGGAGCCAUGAUAGCGAGGUACGUGAAGGUGUUCGAAUCCGCCGACCCUGCCUGGUUCUAUCUCCACGUCGUCUGCCAGUUCUCGGCCUACGUGAUCGGGGUCGCCGGAUGGGGACUCGGCCUAAAGCUUGGCUCUGAGUCUGUAGGGAUCACGUACCACAAGCACCGGGACAUCGCCGUCGCUCUCUUCAGCCUCGCCACAGUGCAGGUGUUUGCGUUGCUCAUGAGACCCAACAAGGAGCACAAGUACAGAGUGUACUGGAACGUCUACCAUCAUUUCAUGGGGUACUGCAUCAUGACACUGGGCGUCGUGAACAUCUUCAAAGGCUUCGACAUCUUGGCACCGGCUAAGAAGUGGAAGCACGCUUACGCAGGUUCCAUUGUGACGCUCGCCGGCAUCGCCCUGGUUCUUGAACUCUUCACUUGGGGUGUUGUUUUGAAGAGGCGGUGGAGGAGCUCGGAGAAGCCUCACCAUGGUGCGAAUCACGGGGCGAACGGCUACGUUUUCAGCCAGCAUCAAGCGUUGUAGCUAGAGGGAACGGAGAGAGGCGAUGUUAAUUAGUGUAGUAGUGUCUUCUUUUUGUUCAAUGACGAUGGCCUCAGCCUUGUUUGUGCUUCGAAGUCUAUGUGUCUUGUGCCUGAGAGUUUCAGAUAAGAA